GGGCGGCGACUCUGGCUGGCAGCCCGCUCGGCUCCGGGCGCCCCCAGCCUUGCCUUUGGCUGGACACAGCAUCCCCCGCCCACUCGGCUCGCGUCCCCAGGGGCCGGCGCGCGAGCCCGCGCCCCCCAGCGCAGGGACCCGACUCCGGCAGACGCAAACUCACGCCGCGCUGCGGCGGGGCGCCAGCGCGCAUGCCCAGAGCCCGCCGCGGCCGAGACCCGCGGGCGCCUGGGGUGGGCAGCCGGCGGCGCGCGCUUGGCGGGGGCGGGGCCGCAUGAGCGCGUGCGCAGAAAGGCCCGCGCUCAGUCGCACCGCCAGCUGAGGAGAAGCGGCGCGGCGCGGCGCGGCGGGCGGAGGUGAACGUUCUAGGUGCGGGAGAAACUGGAAUGAUCUGGUCAUUUACCGAAAUCUGCUGAAGCAAAACCCUGAGCCCUCGCGUCCACCUAUACCAUCCCGGGCGGAAAGGCUGGUCUGAGGGUAUGGGAUGGCAAACAGGUUAGCAGAAAGGCCUCUGAGAGGGAGCUGGGGAUUUGGCUGCUCCGUGCCCCGCCUGGCAGCCUAGGACUCUCCUCCUGGGCCCCCUACACCAUGGACCCCCCGGGGUACAACUGCUUUGUGGACAGAGACAAGAUGGACGCUGCCGUGCAGGACCUGGGCCCCAAGGAGCUGAGCUGCACCGAGCUGCAGGAGCUGAAGCAGCUGGCUCGCCAGGGCUACUGGGCCCGCAGCUACGCCCUACGGGGCAAGGUGUACCAGCGCCUGAUCCGGGACAUCCCCUGCCGCACCGUCACGCCGGAUGCCAGCGUGUACAGCGACAUUGUGGGCAAGAUCGUGGGCAAGCACAGCACCAGCAGCCUGCCCUUGCCUGAGUUCGUGGACAACACGCAGGUGCCCAGCUACUGCCUGAACCCACGCGGCGAGGGUGCUGUGCGCAAGAUCCUGCUGUGCAUCGCCAACCAGUUCCCGGACGUGUCCUUCUGCCCUGCGCUGCCGGCCGUGGUGGCCCUGCUACUCCACUACAGUGCAGACGAGGCCCAGUGCUUCGAGAGCGCCUGCCGCGUCCUGGCCUGCAACGACCCCAGCAGGAAGCUCGUGGACCAGAGCUUCCUGGCCUUCGAGUCUUCCUGCAUGACCUUCGGGGACCUGGUGAACAAGUACUGCCAGGCGGCCCACAAGCUGAUGGUGGCCGUGUCCGAGGACGUCCUGCAGGUCUACGCGGACUGGCAGCGCUGGCUGUUUGGGGAGCUGCCCCUCAGCUACUUUGCCCGCGUCUUCGACGUCUUCCUGGUGGAGGGGUACAAGGUGUUGUACCGCGUGGCGCUGGCCAUCCUCAAGUUCUUCCACAAGGUAAGAGCUGGGCAGCCGCUGGAGUCGGACAGCGUGAAGCAGGACAUCCGCGCCUUCGUCAGGGACAUCGCCAAGACCGUGUCUCCGGAGAAGCUGCUGGAGAAGGCGUUCGCCAUCCGCCUCUUCUCCCGGAAGGAGAUCCAGCUCCUGCAGAUGGCCAACGAGAAAGCUCUGAAGCAGAAGGGCAUCACCGUCAAGCAGAAGAGUGUUUCACUCUCUAAAAGGCAGUUUGUGCACUUGGCCGUGCACGCAGAGAACUUCCACUCAGAGAUUGUCAGCGUGAAGGAGAUGAGAGACAUCUGGUCUUGGGUCCCCGAGCGCUUCGCCCUCUGCCAGCCCCUUCUGCUCUUCUCGUCCCUGCAGCACGGGUACAGCCUGACCAGGUUCUAUUUCCAGUGUGAAGGACAUGAGCCCACCCUCCUGCUCAUCAAGACCACGCAAAAGGAGGUGUGUGGGGCUUACCUGUCAACAGACUGGAGUGAAAGAAACAAGUUUGGAGGCAAAGUGGGCUUCUUUGGGACUGGAGAGUGCUUCGUGUUUCGGCUCCAGCCUGAGGUCCAGCGCUACGAGUGGGUGGUCAUCAAACACCCAGAGCUGACCAAGCCCAUGUCCUUGGAGGUCCCUGCCGCCCUGUCCCCGCCCUGCCGCCCUGUGUCCUCCGACCCUGCUGACCGCCUCUCACCCUUCUUGGCUGCACGUCACUUCAACCUGCCCUCCAAAACGGAGUCCAUGUUCAUGGCUGGGGGCAACGACUGUCUCAUCAUAGGUGGAGGGGGCGGCCAGGCGCUCUACAUCGAUGGGGACCUGAAUCGGGGCCGCACUGGCCACUGCGACACUUUCAACAACCAGCCCCUCUGCUCUGAGAACUUCCUCAUCGCGGCUGUGGAGGCCUGGGGCUUCCAAGACCCUGACACUCAGUGACAGGCCUGCACAGACGGUGACUGAGCCGUCACCGUGGGGUGGGCGUGGGGCAGGGGCCAGGCCCCCCUUCAGGGGGAGGCAGUAAGUGAGGACCCCCCGUGCUGUGGGCAGCGGCGAGGUGCAGCAGGGGCUCUGGAUCUGGGCGGGCCAGGGGAUGCCAGGACCUCAGUUGGCUGGGCCUGUCCCUGCUCACACCUGCUCACACCUGCUGCUGCCUCGAGCUUGGUCUCAGGCCCCAGUUGUCCUCUGUGGAGGCAUCUGGUGCCAGGGCCUAGAGGGGCCACCUCUUGCAGGCCUGAGUCUCAGUCCCUUGGUGCAGGGGUGGGGACAGGAAAGGCAGAAGGAACCUUCCACCAAGUGUGGGGCCAUGGCGCCCCCUGCUGGUGCCUCAACACUGCUCCCGAGCAGAGUCCCGCGGCUACCAUGGGUCCUGCGGGUAGGCGGCCACCUGGCCAGCAGCUGGCGCUGGCGGCUCCCCAGAAGAGACAGGCAUCCUGGGGACUGCUCCUUGGCCAUGUCCCCCUCCUGCUCCCCCUCCCACAGCAGGAGCACCUGCCGGGGGCUUCUAACCCCAUGCCCUCCUCCCCGUGCUGGCCUCCUGUGGCUGCCUCUCGGACAGUAACUGCAGGGAGAGAGGGGAGGACGGGAUGUGUGCUGAGCUCUGGGCCCCUCCUGAGAGAGGGCUGAGCACCAGUAUGAUGGAGGGCUGGAGGGGACAUCACGGCUUCUUGUGUUUCAGAGCCUGAGGCUUCUGCUGGGCCCCACUGUAGGUCCAUGCCCUAAGAGUCCGCCAGCUUGGCCCAGGAUGGCCCAGGGAGGGGCCCUCUGCGGCUGACCCCAAACCAGCCAACUCCAUAUCCAGGAGAAGCCUGGACCCGCGGGAACUUCUUCAGUCCUCUCUGUCCUGGGCCACCUCUGCUCCCCAACAGUCUCUGCAUUGGCCCCAGGCUCCUGUCCAGACUGCUCAGCGUGGCAUGCUCAUCUUCGUCCGUCCCCACGUGCCCCAGGUUGCUAGGUUUGCCCCCCGCCCAGAUCCCUGCCACGCGCUCCUUCACACACCCCUCUGCAUCCCUCACACAACCCUGUAGUUGGCCACGUAACAUGGUUUUCUUGUGCCACCUCUGCCCCUUUCCCUGCCCGGCCUGGCCCCACACAAGCCCUGCAGACUGUAGGUGCCACAUGAAGACUUAUCAGGGAGUGGUCUCCUACCUCGUGACCUCCCUCAGCUGGUCCUGAGGGCCUGGGCACCCGGGGGAGGAGGGGAAGCCGACAGACACCCAAGCAGCCACGUGGGGCUGUGGCAGCCUGGGCCACAGGUGCCAGGGGUCCUGCCCCCAGCCUGGGCCCCACGUGGCUGCAGCCAGCACCUUGGUGUCCCUGUGUGCCAUGCCUCUGCUGUCUCCAACUCGCUUGUUACUCCUGUGAGGCAUUGGCUGUCCCCUGCCCACCUACUCCAGUCUCCUCUGAGCCAGGCCACCAUGGUGCAGGAGGAAGGACCAGAAGCCCCGUGUGGCAUUGGGCAAGCCACGGAUCUCUGUUUCUCCAGCUGUAAAAUGGGGCCAGUCAUCGUGCUCUGCUGUCCCCAUGGGACUAUUGAGAGGCUCCGAGGGGGACAGUGUGAGUCCCUAGUGAGAGAAGAGGUGCUGGGAGGCAGUGUCACUGCUCACCUCCCCUCCACUGCCACCCUUGCCCCCCUCCUCUGAGCCCCCACAGCCCUCUGUUGUAGCGCCCACUUUGGUGUUCAUUAAACAUAGUCUCGUUACAUGAACUCCGAGGGUCCAAGUCUGGUCUCUCCAACCAGAGGGACCUCCAGGGGCUCCCCUGGGCGCGCCACUGAACGGGGUGGGUGCGCCACCGAACGGGGUGGGUGCGCCACCGAACGGGGUGGGCGCCGGAAGCUGCACCCUCAUGAUGCCAGUCAGUCCAUCAGUGGAGUGUUGCCUGCCUUGGAAAACGGUAUUCCAGCGCUGUUUACGCGGCUCCCUCUUGAGGGAGGCUGGGGGAUUCUUUGGUGAGUGAGUCCGGAGGAGUCUCUGUGGCUGCUCCCAGGGCCCUGCCUGGCCUUCCCAGAGGUCCAGCCUAGGAGGGCAGGUGCUGCUUAGUCACCACGUCUGUCUCUAGCGUGAGGUCUCUGUGUGCGCACGCGCAGCCCUCCGUUCCCUCGGCCGGCCGUCUGCUUCCCAGCUGUCUUGAACAAAACGUAUGUGUGAUUAUUCCCUUCAUUUUUAAUUCCUAUUUAUUGUCCUUGUUACGUACGUAUCAGGUGUUCCCAAAUAGAACAUGUUUUGUUAAUACUCUAUAUUGUUUCUUAUUACCUAAAAUUUGCUUAUGAUGUUAAAAAUAGCUAACGUUUUAUGGAAUUGCAUGACAAAUUAUCAUUCAUUUUUCUAGAAACAUUUAAAAGUUUAUUUUGAGGGGCACUUGGCUGGCUCAGUCGGAAGAGCCUGGGACUCUUGGUCUUGUAGUCAUGAGUUCAAGCCCCGUGUUGGGCGUAGAGUUUACUUAAAAAAAAAAAAAAAAAGUUUAUUUUAAAAA